AUGGGAAUCCGCAAGCUCAACGUUGACGAUUGGAUCAUUUACGACAACCUCUUCCUUGACGAGCACCGACGGAAGUUUGAGAGGCUGCAAGAUCCGGAGGUGCGACCCGUCAUCUUUCAGUGCCAGGACGGCACGUAUGAGGCCAGCAAAGAGGCUUUGGCGAUCAUCGUCCAGUACAUCACGACUCGCUACCCAGACAUGUUCCAAGUCGACGGCGACUACCUUCAGAUUCCCUCGCUGGGCGAAUCCUAUCGCAUACGGGAACCCUUUGACCGGCAUCCAUUGGAGAUCGCUGGUCUGAUCGUGUACGAGGAUGUGUAUGUGUUGCAGAAGGGCCCGGACGACAUUUACUACCUGAAAGCCUGCUUUCUCUCCUUUCCUCCUGGAUGGCACCUGAGAGACCGAAUCGGCUAUCCACUGUUCAAGAUGCACCAGGCGGUACCUCACUGGAAGGAGAAGCUACAGAAGCCCAUGGAGAGAUUCUUCCUAAAGUUGAAAGAAGGCGGUGGUGUCCAACGCAACAACCAGUUCAUCCAAACCACUCCCGCCAUCUACCACCCGGCACCUCUGGACGACUACCCGGUCUGCACGUCGAUCGACCAGGUUCAUAUCCGGAUUGAGCUGCAGAGCCUGAUGCGAAUGCCCGAAACACAGGCGCUGCUGUUCACGAUCCAUCCGUGGGUGUUGCCGGUCAAAGAGCUCGCCCACGAGCCAGGCAACUUGGAAAAGCUAUGGAGCCACGCUCGCAGCUUCCCCGACUCCUUCUCCCGGUACAAGCUCCGGCAUCUCUGGGGCGGAGUGCUGGACGAGUUUGCUCGGCAGACGCUGGGAAAGGAGGUGCCAGACCCGGAACUGGAGGCGGAGGCCGAUGCAUUUACUCUGCGUCAGCCGUCACGGGAGACCGACGAGGACGACAGUGAUGUUUUCGAUGCGACUUGGACUUCCCUGCCGACCUCGACUCGAACACGAUCUCCUGUGAAAGCAUCCCCUCCUACUGAUAAAACAUUGCAGAUAUCGCCAGUCGAGCGUGACGACUCGGUCAACUCUGCACUAGUCUCAAGAUCCGAGAACCGGAGUCUUGCCCUACAGGUUCACGGCCCCAUCAUUGGACGUAGGGCAUCCAUCUCCAAAUCCACGACUUCUCUGCACCUGUCCCUUCUAGCAGACUCGGGCCGGAGCAAGACUGAUACAGCAGGAGAGCUCCCAGCGUCCCUCACAAAGCCCCUCCCUCCCAUGCCCUCGCCACCGGUUCCUUACUUGAUCCAGGGCAUCGAGACUGCUCUCGAGCACGAACUCUUCCACCACUACAUCAACUUUGUGCCGCAGGCCUUUUCGUGGGCCACCAUCCGCAGCGCGCCGUUCCUCUCGAUCUUGAUUCCCCUGGUCCUGCGUGAUCGAGGGCUUCUCUACACCCUGCUCAGCAUCGCCGCCACCCACCUGUUGAACCUGGGCCAUGCACAGAUGAGUGAAACACGGCAGCGAGCCAUCAAGAGCACACGCUGGCAACUGCGUGGCAAAGCACUAAAGUGCCACGCCGAGAAAAUGGCGGCCGUGUCGGUGCCGGCGUUUUCGAACGACAGCGUCCAGGUCAAACUCGAUGCGGCGCUGGCAAGUACGCUGCUAUUGCUGCAGCUGGACUGCCUGGACAGCGGCAAGGACGGGCAUUGGCGCCUCCACUUGUUUGCCGCAUCAGAGCUGGCUCGCCAACGGGUCAAGGAGGGCUGGAGCGACAAAGACGCCGACGGAGCACCGACAAACUCGAGGGACGAGACGGCGGUUCGUUUCUUCUUACACCUCUACCGCUACUACGACGUGCUAGCGUGCGUGACGCUGGACGAACGCCCGUGCCCCAUCGACCCGGUCUACUCGUCCGAGGACAUCGGGAGCUACAGCCCGCUGCCGCAGACGUAUCACAGCUUACUGUCUAUUCUGACGCAGAUCGUGGAACUUCGCCGGCGGACGCAGCCCGAGCUGUCCCUCGGCCAGACGACCUCUACUACAAACCGCAAUCUCGCGGAUGUCAACAUGGAGGAAUUUAUGAAGAGUCUGGAGCUGUGUACGAGGAUUCAGAACUGGACGAUCAGAUCCGAUUCCCAGGAGGAUCUGAUCCUGGGCGAGGUCUACCGGCGAGCGUGCUUCAUCUUUCUCUAUCUGACCACCUAUCCGUCCGGCGUCGCCGACGCCAAAGUGCAGUGUGCGCUGGAAGAAGGGUUGGCGCACCUGGAACUGCUCGCCUCGCACGAAAUGGCGCUCAAGUGCGCAACCUUCCCACUCUUUAUCUUUGGAAUCGCCGCACUGCAGCCGGACCAACAGGACAUGAUCAGCAAGGUUCUGGAUCUCCGGUUUCACCAGUCCGGCAUUGGCAACGUCGCCGAGGUUCUCGUCUUCCUCAAGGAGUGGUGGAUUCGGGAGUACGACGAGAGCAAUCGGUCUUUUUGGCUGUGGGAGGACGAGAUCCGAACCCGACAGAUGUACCUGUUCCUGGUGUGA